AUGCAUGUAAUUAAACUGGAGGAGGGUUUAGAUAAUUUUAUUUGUGUUCAGAUCAUUUAUGAUCUUGCAAAACCUCUGGAAUUUAUAUUAGACUCUUCACUUAACGGUUCGCCACACAUACUGGUCAACCAGACAGGAGAAAUUACAAAUAUUUGUGGGAUUUGUGGAAAUAACGCUGUCGGAAAAGCUGUUGUAUCAGGGUCACCAAAGCCAUCAUAUUCCAUAUUGUCUUUUGGAUGUAUAAAACCAUCAACAUGUUCCUCACGUCGAGCUUGUAAUAUGAAUGACACCAUCCCAAAGGAAUGUCCAAUAACAACGACAGAAAACCUGACAACCACGGUUAAACAAACAACAACUCUACUUGAAAUCACAAGUUCACCAGAAUCAAAGAAAACUACAAAGCGUCAAUGCGGCAAGAAAAAUCACAGUCACAAUACAACGUAAAUCAGA